AUGCCGAGAUUGUGCAGCAGUCGUUCGGGCGCCCUGCUGCUGGCCUUGCUGCUUCAGGCCUCCAUGGAAGUGCGUGGUUGGUGCCUGGAGAGCAGCCAGUGUCAGGAUCUCACCACGGAAAGUAACCUGCUGGCGUGCAUCCGGGCCUGCAAGCCCGACCUCUCGGCCGAAACGCCGGUGUUCCCUGGCAACGGCGAUGAGCAGCCGCUGACUGAGAACCCCCGGAAGUACGUCAUGGGCCACUUCCGCUGGGACCGCUUCGGCCGUCGGAAUGGUAGCAGCCUCGGCGGAGUGAGCGGUGCGGCCCAGAAGCGCGAGGAGGAAGUGGCGGUGGGCGAAGGCCCCGGGCCCCGCGGCGAUGGCGCCGAGACGGGUCCGCGUGAGGACAAGCGUUCUUACUCCAUGGAACACUUCCGCUGGGGCAAGCCGGUGGGCAAGAAGCGGCGCCCGGUGAAGGUGUACCCCAACGGCGCCGAGGACGAGUCGGUCCAGGCCUUUCCCCUCGAAUUCAAGAGGGAGCUGACCGGGGAGAGGCUCGAGCAGGCGCGCGGCCCUGAGGCCCAGGCUGAGAGCGCAGCCGCCCGGGCUGAGCUGGAGUACGGCCUGGUGGCGGAGGCUGAGGCGGCCGAGAAGAAGGACGAGGGGCCCUAUAAGAUGGAACACUUCCGCUGGGGCAGCCCGCCCAAGGACAAGCGCUACGGCGGGUUCAUGAGCUCCGAGAAGAGCCUAACGCCCCUUGUCACGCUGUUCAAAAACGCCAUCAUCAAGAACGCCCACAAGAAGGGCCAGUGA